AUGUCUUCCCAGCAGCAGCAGCAGCAGAAAUGCCCACCCCAGCAUGUCCAGCAGCAACAGGUGAAGCAACCCUGCCAGCUACACCCUGUCAAAUGUCAAGAAAAAUGUGCACCUAAAAUCAAGGAUCCAUGUGCUUCUCAGGUCAAGAAGCAAUGCCCACCCAAGGGCACAGUCAAUUCAGUCCAACAGAAUCCCUCGGCCCAGCAAGCCCCUCAGUGCAAACAGAAGUAA